ACAUUAAAAAAAAUGAAAAUAGAGUGAUCGUCAAUAGAAUGCUAGAUGAGAUCGAAUGGGGUACGUUGGCUUCUGUUGUGAUGUUCAGUACAUGUCGUAUUUCUCUGCGCUUUAUUGAUCGUCAUGUAACCAAUGGUAAUAAAAGAACCUUAAAAAAAUAUAAAAAACUGGAGACACAACAUUGUGUAUUUCAUAUAUAAUACAAUGUUUUUAUCCUUCUCUUUUCUUUUUUUUCUUUCUUUCUUUAUAAUUUUUUCUUAUUUACAAUAAAAUGGACAGCGGUAGAAUUCAUCUUCCUCCAAUUCAAGACAUUCUUUGCAGGCCAUUGUCAUUUACAGAUAGCAAAGAUAGUUAUGUUCCAUCAUCCAAUAAUUACCAUAGCGACUGGGAAAAACAAAGAUCAGCAAAAGAGCCCCUGCAUCAUAGCCGAUCUUAUUCUGAUCAAAUUUUACCACGAAGAUCAUCUGCAUCAGGUUCUUCCAUGGUGCAAGCAGUUGAUCCUCCUCACCUCCACCGACGUACAGCAUCUGACACCAAAAAAAUAUUUGAUGAGCAGGUACCACCGUUGCAGAUUAACAAUAAUCGAUAUAAAUGUAAUCAAUGUUCAAAAACUUUUUCGAGACCUUCUUCAUUAAGAAUUCACAUAUUAUCGCACACUGGAGAAAAACCACAUGUGUGUCCUCAGCCAGGAUGUGGUAGAAGAUUUAGCGUCCAGAGUAAUAUGCGAAGGCAUUUAAAAGUACACUACUGUAAUCCACAACAUCCGUCACAAGAAAAUUACAUUACAAGAUUACAGAAAUAAUCGAUUCUGCUCUAUUUUUUAUACCCUUUCUAAUAUUAAUAAAUAAAAAAAAAAGUUGUACAGAGAA